UAGAGGGAUUUGACUCUCCUCUUUGUGUGCUCCACUGCUCUGCCAAACCUCUGUCUUUCCUUCCCCUUUUUCUCUGUGAAUCCUUCCUUUUAGAAGAAAGUAAACCAGUCAUGUCUCUUACUGUGAGGAAGUCGACCACCACCUUCUCCAGCGGCGGUGGCCGCAGCAGUUUUGGUGGCAGCGUGCGUGCUGGAGGAGUAGGUGGAGGAGGAUUUACCUCAAGAUCUCUCCAGCUAACCAGAUCCAGUGGCUCAAGGCUCAGUACAAGUGCGGGUGGUGGCAUGUUCGGCUCUGGCGCAGGCUUAGCUGUCGGUGGUGGAGGUGGUAGUUCUAGUUACAGAAUGGUACAAUACGGUGGUUCUGGUGGUAGUAUUGGUGGCGGAGCUGGUUAUAUGAGUAUGGGUAUGGGUGGUAUGGGUAUGGGUGGUAUGGGUAUGGGUGGCAUUGGCAUCGGUGGCGGCGGAGGUAUACCAGUGGCUCCCAUCACAAACGUCCAAGUCAACCAGAGCCUGCUGACCCCUGUGACCCUUGACAUUGACCCCACCAUCCAGACUGUCCGCACCCAGGAGAAAGAGCAGAUCAAGACUCUGAACAACCGCUUCGCUUGCUUCAUCGACAAGGUCCGCUUCCUGGAGCAGCAGAACAAAAUGCUGGAGACCAAGUGGACCUUGCUGCAGGAGCAGACCACCACCCGCUCCAACAUUGAUGGAAUGUUCGAGGCCUACAUCGCCAACCUCCGCAGACAGCUUGAUGGGCUCGGCAACGAGAAGAUCAAGCUGGAGGGAGAGCUGAAGAACAUGCAGGGACUGGUGGAGGACUUCAAGAACAAGUAUGAAGAUGAAAUCAACAAGAGAGCCACUGUAGAAAAUGAGUUUGUGCUCCUGAAGAAGGAUGUAGAUGGUGCCUACAUGAACAAAAUUGAGCUGGAGGCCAGGGUUGAUGCCCUUCAGGAUGAGAUUAACUUCCUCAGAGCUGUCUAUGAUGCGGAACUGCGUGAGCUUCAAGGACAGAUCAAGGACACCUCAGUCAUUGUGGAGAUGGACAACAGCCGCAACCUGGACAUGGACGCCAUUGUGGCAGAAGUCAGGGCUCAGUAUGAGGACAUCGCCAACAAAUCCCGUGCUGAGGCAGAGACUUGGUAUCAGCAGAAGUACCAGGAGAUGCAGACCAGUGCUGGAGUAGCCGGAGACGACCUUCGUAACACCAAGAGUGAGAUUGCUGAGCUUAACCGUAUGAUCAGCAGGCUCCAGAAUGAGAUUGAAGCAGUCAAGGGACAGCGGGCCAACCUGGAGGCUCAGAUCGCUGAGGCUGAGGAGCGCGGUGAGCUGGCUGUGAAGGAUGCCAAGGCCCGCAUCAGGGACCUUGAAGAAGCCCUGCAGAGAGCCAAGCAGGACAUGGCCCGCCAGGUCCGCGAGUACCAAGAGCUCAUGAACGUUAAGCUGGCUCUGGACAUUGAGAUUGCCACAUACAAGAAGCUUCUGGAAGGAGAGGAGAUCAGACUUGCCACUGGUGGUGGAACUGCAACCAUCCAUGUACAGUCCUCAAGCAGUGGCGGUGGCGGCGCUGCCGGUGGAUUCGGUUAUGGAUCAAGCAUGGCCAUUGGCGGCGGCAGCGCCAUGGGCGGUGGCAUGAGUGUGGGCAUGGGCAGCAGCUACGGUGGCGGCUACAGCAGCAGCAGCAGCUUGAGCAUCGGCGGCGGCGGCUACGGUGGUGGCGGCGGCUCCAUCAGCAGCAUGAAGGUGCAAAGAGUCAGCUCCUCACGCCGUUUUUAAACGCAGCAGCCGUCUUUCUCCCCACUUUUCUCCUUCUCUCAUUUUACUCUCCCACUUAUGGAAACUUCCAUAAAAGCCACCACCCCUCUUCCUGCAGACACAGAGCAGUCUCAGCCACACAUCGCACCAUUUACAGCUGGUCCAUCUAAUGGUACAGUUUUUAGUUUUUUUUUGGCACAACAUACCUACAGAGGGGCAGACAUUACAUCUGAAUACAAGUAAAGGCAGAGCUAUUGUUGCGAGCAGCAGAGAUGUGAGUCAGUCCUGCUCUCCUAUGUUCAGUCAGCCUGGCUGCCUUUUGGUUGCUGGAUGUGCUGUUGUGUAGACAAGAUAAUACUUGUAGUGUCAUGACAGAGAAUCGUCAAGAAGCAACAACCAGUGUACACAGAAUGAUAGCAACAGUUCUGAGUUUACACAGAACGAGGAGUUGAUGUUGUGCUUAGUCUUUAAUUCAUCAAGCAUAGCCCACAGUGCCUCCUCUGUUGUACCACAUCGGUCAUUAUGUUGUGCAGUUUAACAUCAUCAAAAGCAGUCUGUGUGUAACACUUUCAUAUCUGACUUUUGGGAUCCUCCUUUUCUUCUCCUGUUCUGAGAGAAAAUGAGUUCUCCAUUACAGUACGUAAAGGUGCUUUGAUCAUGCUUUGUUUUCAUUUUCACUCUGAAAAAAAAAAUGAUAA